AUGAGAAUAAGUAGAACACUUUUUACUAGAAAACACGGGUUAAAUAACUAAUAAAUAAUUAAUAUUAUAAAAAUAGUUACAGCAAAAAUUCUCUGUUCUAAUGUUUUUCAAUAGAAUAAAGGAGAUCAACUAUCACAAUUAUUAGAGGAGAAGGUAGAGUAGAAUGACAAUAUUGAGAAACAGGUUUUCCAACCAAAUGCAGUAAUCAAUAAUGAUAAAAAUUCAUUAUAAGAAGUAUAAUUUGAGAACAUUAAUAAAUAAAUACUAAUUAAUUAAUUAAUUAAAAUUGAGUAGAUAUUGAAGAUUUGCAUUGAUGAGAAUGUCAAUGUAAAAUUAUUUAUAGUUGAGAGAACGAAUAGCAGCAAAAGAAGCAUAAUUUAGUAAUGUAUAAGAUGAAGUUGGGUUAAGAGAUAUUGUGAUAUUGGAAUUAAAUGAGAAGUUUGAAGAUUAGAAAGAGAAU